UCAAGAUGUCACGGCCGUUGUCCAAAGGUAUUUCACAAUUAUCGAGAGGACAGAUGGAAAGGCGGCGACCACCGUUUCUCAGAGGCCCCAGUAAGACGAAAGAGGUAGACAAAAGUACAGGUAGUAAAAUGGAUUCCACAAGCAGUAUAAUUAGUGGAACAGGAGAUCGUUUAAGCGAGGAGGAUCUUUCCCCAGAUGCAUUGGUCAAGCAAAAUUUUGAACUACGACACCGGCUUGAAGAAGAGGCUGCCAACUACAAGAGACGUCUGGAUACAUAUAGACAAGCACAACAACAUCAAGCUGCACUUGUUUCGCGUUUACAAGCCAAAGUAUUACAAUAUAAGCAAAGAUGUUCAGAACUUGAAAAUCAAAUGGCAGAAACUACUACAUAUGAUUCUAAUAAAGUUACAAGUUCUGUAACAACUUCCCAACUUCCUUCAACAUCUGCCCUAGAUGCAGCCCAUCAAAUGUUAAGGGAAAUACGUGAAGAACAGAUUCACGAUUUAGACACUGCUUUAAAAAAGCUUGCAGAAGAAAGAAAAAGAUGUGAAAAACUGCUACAAUUAAACACCACCUUGAAAGAUCAACUAGAAGAAUCUCAUCAAACAAAUGAAGCACUUACAAAUGACCUGCAAAAAUUAAGCAAUGAUUGGGAUAUUUUAAGAGAAGAAUUAGCCAUCAAAGAAGAAGAGUGGAGGGAAGAGGAGCAAGCUUUCAAUGAAUACUAUACUUCAGAACAUAAUAGAUUAUUAAACCUUUGGCGCGAUGUUGUUUCUGUAAAACGAUUAUUUGCGGAGAUAAAAUCUAGCACAGAGAGAGACUUGUUGAAAAUGAAAAACAGCAUAAUUUCUACUUUCAAUGACGUUUCUUCGGCCUGUAACAAUACAGGAUUUGCUAUGAGAAUGCAAGCAGCUAUGCAACCAGUGUUAUCCCAUCAAGUUCAACAGGUACAGGAACAAGUAGCAACAGAUUUGAAAACAGAGUUAACAGCGGUUAAACAACAGUACGACGUAGCUCAAAAUGAAAUUCGCAUAAAAGAAGAUAAAAUUAAUCAACUCAUUCGUGAUGUUCAUACUUUGGAAGAAAGAUGUGGGGAGGCUGAAACAGAAGUGCACCGCAAUUCACGUUUACAAGACGACAUAGAAAUUUUACAAUCUGCAUUGAGAGACAUAGCGCAUGCUGUAAUCCAAGAUGCGGAGAACCGCGAAAUCGAAUCUAAUCAAGCGCCUCCUCAUCUUCAUCUAACACCCACUGGACCAAUCCCUCAGAGAUCACCGAAAAGAGGUACAAGAAGCAACACCAUUCCAGCCUUUGCUGAAAGUACUAUUAGUGCUGUGCAAGCAGCCCUACAUAAGUAUCAGUUGACUAUACACGAGCUUCAGGUGAAAUUACAAACUAAUAAAGAACAAUUGCAAUCAACUCGAAAGCAAUGCGAAAGCGCAGAAGAAAAUGUUAAAAGUUUAGAGAAAAGGGCAGAAGAACUGAUCACUGAACUAGACGCAGUGCGAUCACACUGCUCGCAACUUAUUCAAGAGAAAGACAUGUUACAAAAAGGUCUGGAUACUGUAAGGAUAGAAAAAAAUGCACUUGACAAAAGCAGAGUGGAAAUUAACAGUAUGAUGGAGAACCUAAACAGUGACUGUGAAAAGUUACAAAAAGCAAACAACAAGUUACAAAAACUUUGUGAUAACUUGGAAGAUGAAAAAUUAUAUCUUCAAACUGAACUCAAUAGAUUGUCCAAAGAUGUAGAAUUGCGGGAACUAAAUCUCCGCUCCGAAGAAGAUAGAUGCAGUAAAAUGAGAGAGGAGUUGCUAACUUUACGGGAAGAAUUGAACAAAGCGUAUCUUACGAAAGAUAUGUUGGAACAGCAAAAGCUAGAAACAGAUGGAUUAAUUUCACAAAUCGAGAAAAGUAAAGGUGACUUGGAACUAGAAUUGGAACGUGUACUAUUAGAAAAAUCAGAUGUGCAAGAAGUUUUAAUGAAAUUAGAAACAGUUUGUGGUAGUCACGAGCAAGAAAAACAACGAUUGCAAGAGGAACUAAAAAAGGUAACAGAAGAAAAGAAUAAAUUAGCAAGUCAAUGCACAGAUCAACAAGGCGAUUUGGGUUCUUUAAGGAAAGAAUUGCUUCAAGCGGAGCAAACAAGACUCGAUUUGGAAUCAGAAAAAGUAACAUUGAACGAAAAAGUAAAAUUCCUGGAAAUUGAAAAGGAAAAGGUCGAGAUAGAGUUAGCGCAAAUUACGCGCGAGCGUGGAGAUUUAAGUAACCAGUUGUCAGUUUUAGCACGAAAGAAAGAAACGUUAAAUGAAGAAUUAAUGAGAAUGAGACAGAGACUGGAACAGGCGAACGAAAUGAACGGAAGAAUAAAUCGAAGUCUGGAAGACCUUGUGAAAGACAACGAAGAGAAACAAGUUCUUCUGGAAAGCAAUGAGAAAGAAGUACAACGACUGCAAGAGCAACUUGCGUCGAUGCGCAGUGAGAAAGAGACCUUAGAAGGUGUCUUAUUCGAUACACAAACUAAUUUAGAAAAUAUGCACGUGAAAAAAACGCUGUUAGAAAAGGAACAAAAAGAGCUGUUGAUAAAACAAGAGAGCCUGAAAGGACAAGUGGAAAGACUAUUAAAGGAAUUGGAUAAUAGCGAGAAACGAGCACAAGAAAUAAAGCAAACUUUAACGCAACAAACCGGUGAUCAGGAAGCUGAAUUUCAACAGAUUAUUUCUAGCGUGAAAAAACAUAGCGAGGAUAGCAUAAAAAAAUUAAACGAGGAAAAAGAACAAAUAAAAAUCAACUUAGAAAAACGACUUCAACAUUCGCUGUUGCAACUUACAGGAGAGAAAGAUAACGAGAUAGGCCAAUUGCAGCAAAGGAUAGAUGAAAUGCAACAGCACAUAGAAAAUUUGUGUCAACAGCACGAGGAAGUUCUCCUUAGAGCAGAGAAUGACAAACAGCAAGCACUUCUUAUAGCACAUCACGAUCAGCAAGCAUUAGUGGAAAAGCUUGAAGGCGUUCUUCGUGAAAUGGAGGAAGAAAAGAACAAUGUAGAAAGAGUUAAACGGGAAGCUGCAGCCCGUGCUGAACAAGAACGCAACAAUACAAAUCAGUUACGCGACGAAUUAAGUCGUCUUAAAACAAAACUGGACGAGACUAAACUUAAAGCUGACGAAGAAAAAAUAAAACUGGAAUUAAGAAUCGAAGAACUGUGGAAAGAACGUGAAUCAGCGCAAAGGGAAUUGGAAGAGUUGCAAGUUCAAUUACACAUGACGGAAGAUAGGGUCGAUAGUUUGCAAAAUCAGUUGCACGAAACGAUUAGAAAGCUUAAAGAUGCUGAAAAUCUGAACGAAACGUUACGCAAAGAAUUAGUGGAUAUCAGAAGGCAAUUAGCCGAUUGUACGUACGAAAAAGAAAAGUAUAACAGUAGCAACAAAGAAUUGCGCGAGCACGUGAAACGUAUCGAAAGUGAAAAAAGAGAACAGAGCAGAACGUUGGAAGAAUCGUACCAGAAAAUUGCAGCAUUGGAAGAUAUGAAAAUGAAUAUAGAUGCAGAGAGGUCUCGUCUCCAAGCACAACUUCGUGACAUGGAACGAGAAAUGUUACAACUACAAAAACAACUUCAUUUUACUGAGAACGAAUUGCAAAAGUCUCAUCAGAACAAUGCACAGGCACAAAACGACGAAAAAGAAUUGCAAGCUCGAUUAACAAAUGAGACGGAAGAAAGAGAACGUUUGCAACUACAACUGCAUCAAGUGAAGAAACAGCUGGUAGAUGUGGACAAUAGUUUGAAGGUAACGAGACAAGAAUUGGGAAGAUUACGUUCACGAGCGGACGAAGAGGAUGAACGUUGGAGAUGUAGAGAACAAGAAUUAGUGGCUCGACUCGACGACAGUCGAUGUCGUGAAAGAAAACUGGAGGAUCAAAAACAUAACUUGGAAGUUUGUUUAACCGAUGCUUCUCAACAGAUCCAAGAACUCAAGGCACGUCUUGGAGGAUCUGAAGGGCGAGUUCGAGCUCUAGACGCUCAAUUGUCGCAAUUAGAAAUAGCAAAGAAAGAGGUUGAACAAAAAUUGAGCAGUGUUGGUUCUACUUUACGCCGAAUCGCGGGCAUACAAAUGGAUGGAAGUGUUAAUAUACCAUUUAAAUUGAUGAGUCCAUCGAGAAGAUGGAGCCCAGCAAGAGCUCAAGAUCAUAUAGACUCUAGCAGAGAUGUAAUGCUCGACAUCGACCCUGAAAUUGUUAGGAAAGGUGUGCGGUCCCUCAUGCAGCAAGUAGCUCAAAUUGAACGUGAAAGGGAUGAUUAUAAAACUGAAUUGUGUAACCUGAAGAAGCAACUAACAGAAAAUCAAGAGAUUCAAAAUAAAUCAGAUAUGCAAAUAAACAAUUUAUUAACAAAUAUCAGAAUACUCCAGGAUGAAAAAAAUUCGUUGGAAGUUAAACUCUCUCAAAAACAGAGUGGUUAUGAGAUCCAGUUAAACGCUUUACAACAAAAAACACAGGAAUGUGAGCAAUUACGCGAGAAGGUGGCCAAUCUUGAACAGUUGAUUAGCAGUAGUUCAGAAGAGAAAACACAAUACGAAGAAAAGUUAGAUAAAUUAAAGCAAGCCUUGAACAAAAUAGAAAACGAAAAGCGUAACGCGCAAGAGGAACUUAGUAGAAGCGAGUCCCGUGCUACAAAAUUAGAAUUACAAAGAAUGUCACUGGAAGGGGAUCUUCAGAGGUUACAAAUGAUGUUCCAAGAAAAAGAUGCAAAUAUUCAUAAAUUACAAGAACGAAAUGAUAUGCAAAAUCGAGCGAUGGCAAGUUUGGAAGAACGUUGUGCUUCCUUGAAAUCUACAGUGGAACAACUGCAUCUUGUCCUAGAGAAGGCAUCUAAUACCGAAAGCGAAUUAAAAAAUGAAAUUAAUUCGUUGCAGCACAACAUCAUGGAAUUAACAAGUACUUUACAGACUUCUAACGACAAGAACAAACAGUUACAAAAACAACUUUCGAAUGCUGAGAAUGAACGCAGAAUUUUAUCGGAACGCGUCGAAUCAUUGCAGCAAUCUUUGAGCGACCUAAAGCAUACGAAUCAAACGUUGACGGAUCAGAUUACUCGUCUACAAAAUGAAUUAGCAAAUAACGAAGUACAACGAUGUGCCUUAGAAUCUCAAUUGAGAAUAAUUGCUUAUCCACAAGAAGAAAGUACGAACAAAGACGAAGAACUAUUACGUCAGCUCCAAACAGUGCAGAGAGAGAGGAGCGAAAUGAGAGGAAAAUUGGAAGCCCUUAAUGAUAAAGUAAAAUUGUUAGAGGCCGAUAAACGUAACUUAGAACGCCAGUUAUCGUUACUUAAAUCGACUAAUCGUAGUAAAAGCUAUGAACGUCCUGAGAAAGCGCACGUGGAAUUGUUAGGCACGAGUUUCGAUACAGAUCACUACGAACAAGAAAACAGAGAAUUGAGAUUAAAAGUUCGUAGAUUAGAAACACAACUAGCUGAAAAGGAAGCUGAGCUGAUAAGAGUGAAAUCAAGUUACAGUCAUACACAUUCGAUAUAUGAUUUCUCGAGGGAUAGAACGGGAGAAAUAGAAAGACUUAGGGCGGCACAAUUGCAAGCGGAAAAAUUGUUAGAGGCAAGAGAACAAAGUCAUCGUCAACAGGUGUUACGUUUAGAAAAUCAGAUACAAAUGCUACGCGAACAGCUUAAUCAAGAAAUAAAACGUCGACAAUUAUACGUAUUGCGAAGUUCAAGAGCUGGCAGAGAAAUGCAACAACUAAGACAAGCCCUGGGCGAUUCUUUGAGAACGGUAGCGCAAGAUCCGUCAUUAGAUGCAGUAUUACUAGAACACGAAGCUCGAAAAUUAGAUUCUACUCUGACAAGUACUACCAGUUUACCACCAUCGUUAGCUUUACCUCCUCCUUCACCAUCUUACGAUAGAUCUUCCACACCGGCACAGCUCAAAUAA